UUGUUUGUUCAGCUUAAUAAAAAGGCACGCGGACACUUUUUCACUUUAUUGCCAGCUUCCAGAACAAUUUGGAAGCACCAGGACAUUCUAGUACGCUACACAUACAAGAGCACCACAUCCUUUCUUUUUCCAAUUUCACCGGUGACCAACAAGCCAAUACAAUGGCCAGCAAAGUGAAAAACUUGUUCAAAAAGAUCGAAAAUUUUGGCAACCCGGAUCCUCUACCUCCCUCCAAGAACGUUCCGCCGGCGCCCCAGUUUGAUCAAUUUGAUCCGGUGGCAAGCGAAGUGUAUCGCCACCGCAAACACGUGGGCGUGAACCUCGGCUGUCUCUUUUGUCUUGAAGGCUGGUUGGCCCCACCCAGCUUGAAAUCGAGCGGGUUGCGACAUGAUUGGGAAUCCGAGAUUGAUUACCUCGAGGCUUGUCAAUCGCGCGAAAUGGCACGCGAUUCACUUGAAGAUCACUGGAAGAGCUUUAUAACCGAGCAGGAUUUCGAAUAUAUGGCUAAUGCUGGCAUAAAUGCAGUGCGCCUGCCCGUCGGGUAUUGGAUCGUGGUUGAUAGGAACGAUCUAACUGGGCCUUUCAAAAAGUUCCAAGGUGUCUAUGAUGCUGCAUGGAACUAUUUCCUGAUCACUCUCCAUAACGCCGCGAAGCAUAAUAUCGGCGUUCUGGUCGAUUUACACGGUGCUCCAGGCGGUCAAAAUUGCGAUAGUCAUUGUGGUGUGUCAGGCGGACAAGCUCAACUUUUCAGACUUGGAUCGCACAACCAGACCAUUACCCUUAAGGUCCUAAACAAACUGGCCACGACCCUCGCGCCAAUCAACAACGUGAUUGGACUUGAAAUAUUGAACGAACCUCAAGACGAUUCAUCGCUGCCAGGCUUUUACUUGGAAGCGAUUAAACAAGUCCGUCAAGCUACGCCUAAUUUGCGCCUACCAUUGUACAUUGGCGAUGCAUGGAAUUUAGACAAGUACAGCGAAUUCAUUGCCAAGCACCAAAAUGAGUUGGAUUUCUGUGUUCUCGACACCCACCAGUAUUUUUGUCAUAUGCCUGUCGAUCACGCCAAAACGGCCGAGCAACACACGAAACAUCUGACGACCGGAUUAAAGGACAAGUUGACCAACGCGUCCAAGCGUAUUCGAGGCAGCAUGGUUGUUGGUGAGUGGGCGGUCGUGUUGAACGGUAAAUCGAUUCCCAAGGGCCAGCAUGAUGGCAAAGUCAUGAAAGAUUUUGGCGCAGCCGAGCUUCAGGUGUGGGAUCAAACAUGCGGCGGCCAAUUUUAUUGGACUUACAAGACCGCCGAUGACGGAUGGUACUGGAGCUUUAUUUAUUGCAUGAAGAACAAUAUCUUGCCGCAACCGCUGCCCGGUGGUGGAUUCAUCAAUAACGUCAAUGCUGGGCCGAUCCGGGAUAGCAAAGGGGCGGCAAUGGAGGACGCGCAUGGAAAGCAUGUACAGUAUUGGACGGGGCAGAACAAUCAAAAGGUUGUCGAUAACGCCUGGCGUUUUCAAAAAGGGUUUGACGCAGGUUUUGAUGUUGCGCUUCGCUUUGUUGAAUCGUUCAAAAGUCACGUCGGAUUUGUGGGUCAGCUAGCUUAUGAAUAUGCACUACAGCACUGCAACGAAGAUCAGGAUAAGCAGGAAGCGUCGGCAAACGCCUGGCAGUUUGAGCACGGCUUUUCGCAAGCUAUUGGAGUUGUUGAGCAAGGAUUACGACGAUCAGGCGCUCUGUAGUAGUGAUAUUAGCGGUUCUUAGACACCACUUGACUCAUCAAAAUUUUAAUAGAUGAAAAUAAACCUUAGAAGCAAUAUGUCAAUUGUAAUGUAAGAUCAACACUGAUGAUCUAUGCGUAAACCCG